AAGAACAUUGUAGACGAAGAAGAAUCUACUAAACGUUCAGUUAGUUGUCGAUCAACGUCGUAACGGUUUCCAGCAAUCGAAAGUUCAUUAUAAUUGAAGUGAAUCAAGAAGAUUUUCGAAGCUAAUCAAAGGAGGAAGUGAAAAAUGGCACUAUCUAUAGCUCUGCCUCUGUCUGGUUUGGAAGCUGAACAUUUCGUCUCUGUGGGAGCGAAAGAUUUAUAUGAACAGGGUUUGAGAACUUUGAAUGGUAUUGGUGGACCGAUAUCGCCGAGUACCGCGAGCGAAUCAAGUGGAAUCUGCAGUUUAGUACCUUCCACCGAAUCGUCCACACCGGAUCAAACACCAUCUUCUUCCAGGCCAGAAACGCCAGAACAAGAAGAGGCACCGAUUCGUAUCUUUUAUAGAGAACGAGAUAUAUUAAAUUUGGGUGCGAAUCUCAGAGAACCAUUCUGGCAAAUGAGAGUACCAAUGAUGCCUCGUUACGAUUACAAAAGUUACAUGGAGAAUAGAUCAGUGUCCUAUCGUUUUAUCGGAGAUAACGAACUAAUGAGAGAUUAUCCAACAAAAACUUGUCAAGAUUGUGGUUUCUGCGAACCAUCGCCGUACCUGUUUUAGUCUUUCAUCGACGUUCAAGAUCCGCGACGUUCAAGAUCACCGACAAGGGGAACGGCGUUACGACAACAAACUGUGAUAAAUACUAGAUAGACAAGCGGCAGCCGGCUCGAAAAUAGUCUAAUGAACAAAACUAACGGAAACUAGUGAAUAAAUGCGCAAUAGAGUGCAUGCUUCUUAAUGAAAAAUAAAAGGUGAUCGCGUGUUCGUCGUUAAGUGCAACAAAAUUCUACUCUGUGCUAUUAAACAAUUAAGAAACCGAUGUUCGAAAAGCGAUACGAAUUUCUGUAUUGAAUAUUCCAGUUUUUUUUUCUUUUUUUUUUCAUGUGCCUGUAUCGUGUUGACUGGAUGAUUGAUCGUCAGAUACAAACGAUAGAGGUUUAUUGAAAAAUUUUGCGAGUUUUGUUCUUUGAUGACACACUGGCUUUAGUUAAUCGUACCAGACAAUUGCGCCAAUUUUCAUUUCACGACUUAUAUUAAUUAGCCGUGUAUCUGAUGAUUACAUUUGCGUCGAUUACACGAUAGUCGGUAACGGGCCGCGUAAUAUUAUUCUCAUAUUUUUUAUAAUAUAUUUAACUACACUAGAGAAACAGUAGGAGCCCUCUCGCUAUGCAAUUCAUGCAUACGCAGUAAAUGGCUCGUCUGAAAGAUUGUUUACUGUUAAAUAUUUUAAGAACGCCCUUGCCGGGCGAUUCUAAGAAUAACCAACAAUUGCAAUUCUUUUUACAAAACGUACGGGAAAAUAUGACACCUAUACGUUGCAAAGGAAAGUUUAUAUUAUUAAGAAUAUCGUGGAAGAAUGUCUGAAAACACUUGAAUUUACUUAAUUACGUUUAAGAGUUUGCCUUAUUUUAUGAAAACUUUAUCGCCGCUAAAGCACGAAAAAUGCCAAUUUUCUUAAUCAAUGGUCGCACAUUAAUCAACUUUAAGUUGAUAAUACUAGCUGUGACUUUUUCACAGGUAGAAUUAUUAAUAAGCAUUCUAUUAAGUAUACCUCUUUGUGCGCAACGACAUAGCGACCUAUUAUAAUAUUACGAACAAUCGACCAAUGCGCUAUAAUUAUAAUUGGCUUAUACAUUUUCACGAUAAAUGUAAUGUGCGUUCACAGAGUAUUGUAAUUGUACCAAAGCCAUUUCGCUAGAGUCUUUACUGACCAUUGUUUAUAAGCGGGUAAUAAACAAUAUUUCAUAACGA